CUCCUCCUCUUACUGAUUUUUGCUUGCUUUGCGUGUGUGUGUGUGUGUGUGUGUGUGUGUGUGAGGGGGAUCACGGAGUGGUGUGUAGCGGCUCGCUAUAUAAACCGCGGCGGUCCGCUCUCAGUCACUCCGCUUUACGCGCUCGAGGCAUUUACGCAAGCCGAGCCACUUCAAUCCGGUUUAAGUGUGACAAUGCCUCACGACUGGGGAUACGGAGCAGAUAACGGACCAGACACAUGGCACGAGAAGUUUCCGAUAGCUAAUGGACCCCGCCAAUCUCCCAUCGACAUUGUGACUAGUGAGGCUGAAUAUGACCCUAAGCUCAGGCCACUUAAACUGCAUUAUGAUCCAUCUGUCUCCCUGGACAUCAUUAACAAUGGCCACUCCGUCCAGGUCACCUUCGCAGAUGACAAGGACGCAUCAACUCUGACGGGAGGACCCAUAACCGGCACAUACAGACUUAAACAGUUCCAUUUUCACUGGGGAUCUAGAGAUAAUAAAGGCUCAGAGCACACAGUUGAUGGAAAAAUGUACCCUGCUGAACUUCAUCUAGUUCACUGGAACACCACAUAUCCCAAUUUUGGAGAAGCUGCUAGCAAGUCCGAUGGCCUUGCUGUGGUUGGAGUUUUCUUGGAGAUUGGUGAUGAAAACCCUCGACUCCAGAAGCUUCUUGAUGUACUGGAUGCCAUUAAAGCAAAGGCAACACAGACUCAAUUUGCAGACUUUGACCCCACUAUGCUGCUGCCUAGCGCUCUGGACUACUGGACAUAUGAUGGCUCCUUGACCACACCCCCACUGCUCGAGAGUGUCACAUGGAUUGUCUGCAAGAAGUCAAUCAGUGCCAGCUCCGCACAGAUGGAGAAAUUCCGAGGCCUGCUCUUCUCGGCGGAGGGGGACCCCGAGUGUCAUAUGGUGGAUAACUUCCGCCCACCACAGCCUCUGAAAGAUCGUAAAGUCCGUACAUCUUCUCAAUGAGCUGCUCCUGGAUUCUUAAUCCUGAUCCCGACCCCUGCAAAACAAUGUUUUAUUUUUACAUAAUAUAUAGAAUAAUAUUUCCCUGCUAUCUGGGAAGAGCACUACUGAGAUUAGCUUUUUCUGCGCUCCACUUUUUAUAUAUGAAAGAAAAAGAUGAAUUUGUAUCUGUGUAUUGUGGGUAUGGUGCUGGGCCUAUCAUAAUCAUGAUGUGUCAAAAACACAAGCAAACCAUGCAAGUCCAGCUCCAUGCUGUAGGAAUAUAUUACUGUAUAAAGAGAAAAGAGUUUUUCAGUGAAGUGGCCCCUCUGUCAUGGUUACCACCAGUAACCUCCAUCUCUCUGCCUGCUUCAGGAUCAUGGCAGCUUAGCAAAAUCCCCCACAAGAUCCCCUAAAUCAUUUCUCUUCGCAGACAUACCAUACUGUGCAAGACAUUCGGUCAUGCAGCUGGCUACGGAAAUCACUGAUCUGAGUAUCCUGGAGAGCUUGAUACAGUUGUUUGUCAUCUUGAUCUAAUACUUGAUAUGGUCAGAAUAAUGAAUCGCAUUUGAAAGAUUUUCUGUAACACUGAUUUAAAAAGUAAUAAUUUAAAUCAAAGUUCUCUUUUCUAUGCAGUAGAUUAAAACAGGCAAAAUGUCUAUAAAAUGUGUUGCCUGAAACAUUUGCACAGAACUGUAUGUGUGUCAUGGUAUCGUACCUACACUGAGAAACACACUCGUAUGAUAUCUGCACAACAGACUCCCUCAGAGAAGUGUGGUGGGUUAUGCUUGAAUAUGAAAUCUUAACAAAAUAAUAGUUUUGCAUUUCAUGUCUCUUAGAGAUUAGAAUGAACUGUGAUCCUUGUGUGUGACGAUGUAUGUGGUGUGUGUUCGCUUUUUCCUGAAAGAGAUAUAAUAAACACAUAGUUGCUGCUGAGCUAUUUCAAUGAAGGGCUAAUGCAAUCAAAUAUGCAGAGUAUUUUACUACACAUUACAGUCAGCUCUCUGGAACAUCUUCAUUCUGCAAAAUAUAAAGUUUUUAAGGUUUCCUUCCUUUUCUCAUUUUGUCGCUUUAAAUCAUGGGACCAGAGAUUUUGUGGUGUUUAUUUGAAACUGAAAGUGUCAGAUGUGUUCAUUUAAAUUAGAUUUAGACUAUAUGUGACAUACUACUGUUUAGAAUAUGUUAGAUUAUAUCACAUAAUGCUUAAUUCUAAAUAAGUUAUUAGGAGAUUUUAAUUAAAAAGAUAUGCAAAAUAAUGUUUUAAUGUCUGUUAUUGUGUAUUAAAUGCGACAGCUAAUUUAUAUUAAACUGUUUAAUUUAUUUGUAUAUUAAUUAAAAUUUUUAAAUAAAG